CGGUAUCCGUAGUAAACUCACUUUGCAGCCCAACCAAUAGGUAGUUUCUUUUAUAUCCCGCGGGUGACCGCGGUCUUUGAUAUUAUCGUGCGUAAACUCGGGUCGAUGAACGAUUUUGGCACAAGAAGAGUGAAUAACUACGCAAUGUGAAUUACCCUAGUCAGUGCUUAGCCACGCUGAGCGCUAAAAACAGCAGAAACAGACAUGAAGAGAGUGAAAUGUGUUCAUAGAUGAGAUUAGAGUCGUGUGUUUGUUUUCGGUGUUUCGAGGAAAACGAUGGCUAAUUCUCCGACGAGUAUAGAGACACAAAUAGACAGUUUCUUGGAGCAGUUCAAAAGAAGUGCUUCAAAGGCUAUGGAGGAGAAGAUGGAGUGGCCUGAUGGCCCAUCGCCGGGAGCCGUGGUCAAAUCACGCAGUAGCUGUUUUGCCUUAGACGCAGCUGUUGAAGCGGAAUGCGACGGGUGCGGCGAGGGCGAGGAGGGCCGCAGCGUAGGCGAGCUGCUGCUGCCGCAGUAUGCGCUUGCGACGGGCGGGCUGGCGCGCGACCACCGCCCACUGAUCACCUUCCCCGACAACAACAACUUCCAUGUCCUAUCAGCUGGAGAGUACCGCAGGCUGCUGCUGUACUUGACUUCUAUACCCUCGUUACUUGAAGCAGAGAUGGGGUUUCACAUAAUUAUUGAUAGAAGGAAGGAUCGGUGGAAUUCAGUCAAGACAGUAUUACUAAGAAUCUCGGAAUUCUUCCCCGGCAUAAUCCACACAGUUUACGUCCUACGACCAGCGAGUUUCCUCCAGAAGGCUCUGUCUGAAGUGAGCAGCAAGCUAUUUAAGGAAGAGUUCCGGUUCCGGGUGCUGGUGUGCUCCGGAGUUGAGGAGUUGUGUGAACACUUCGACCGCUCACAGCUGACGCCGGACCUCGGCGGAGAGCUGCAGUACUCGCACGCUGAGUGGAUACAGCAACGGAUAGCUCUGGAGAAAUUCUCGACGCUGAUGAAGGAGAUCUCGAGCAAGCUGGACGACUUCAUGCACGAGAUAGUGGACUGCGACAUGGGCAACGACCCCUCACAAACCAAAGAAUUAUUAGACUCUCAGGAGACUAGGUAUAAAGCUUUAAAAGACGAGUUAACGUCAGCGACGACGCAAGGCGAGGAGCUGCUGACGCAGGUGCGGAAACCAAACCUCACCUACAACAUUAUUAGCCACGUGGCUGCCGUCGAGAGGCUACUGGUGCAACUUGAAGAGACUGAAAGACAAUUCGAUAACUUUUGGCAAAAACAUUCCACGAAGUUAAACCACUGGUUGAAAUUUAGAACAUUUUUAUUGAACUUUAAACAGAUGCAGGCGACUUUAGACGGUCAUCUAAAGACUGCGUGCGACAUGACUGAGGUAGGGGAGACUGCGAGUCGUGUGGAGAACCUCAUACAAGAAGCUGGUGACUUCGAAAAACUGUGCAACUGUGAUCUCAACACCGCUUCAGCCGUUAUAGAAGACGGUGAGAAGUUAAUGCAAGACCCUCUCAGUUCGGUGGACCACAUCGAGUCCAAAUGCGAGGAGUUACGACGAACGAGCGCGCUGCUCAUAGACAAGAUAAACAAACGAAACAUGCUGCUGGCUAAAGCGAGGGAACUGAUGGACAGGAUAGACAAGGCCAACGAAUGGUGCACGACGGGUGUGGAACUCUUAGCCGGGGAAGGCGGGCUGCUGGCGGUGGACAAGUUGCUGGAGGACGCGCAGACCUUCGGCCUGGCAGCGCCCGACCAGUUCCGGGACAUGCUGAUGCACUCUGCCACGCAGGAGACACGCGCGCUCGUUACUCAGGUGGCUCAGCGAGUAGAAGACGUGUGGCUGAUGGUGUCAGUGAAGCGCGCGACGCUGCAGCGAGCCGCGACCAAGCCGGCGCGGCCUGUGCAGUCAGUGCCGCCGCAGAGCGCGCAGCCGCCGCCCAGCGCACAGAUGGAGACGUCAGGCGGUUCGGAGAGCUCCGGUGGCGAGGACGCCGAGGCGCGACGCUCACGGCGUGGACACGUGCUUGCCGAGCUGCUGCAGACCGAGCGCGUCUACGUGCACGAGCUGGGCUCCAUACUCAACGGCUACAAGGAAGAAAUAGAGAAGCCGGAGAACCAGCACCUGGUACCGGCAGCGCUAGUCGGCCAAGCAGACGUGCUGUUUGGCAACCUCCACGAACUCUUCACAUUCCACCAAGACGUCUUCCUCAAGGACCUCGAGCGAUCCAUAUCGGCGACUGAACUCGUUGCGCUAUGUUUUGUCGAAAAGCGCGAAACGUUCUUCCGGCUAUACAGCUACUACUGCCAGAACAUCCCCCGCUCGGAGCGGCUGCGGGAGACCUUAGUGGACACCCAUCUAUUCCUGCAGGCGUGCCAACUGCGGCUGGGACACAAGCUGCCUCUCGCUGCCUACCUGCUCAAACCCGUGCAGCGGAUCACCAAAUACCAGCUGCUUCUUAAGGACUUACUCCGGUACAGUGAGUGUGGGUCGAUGAGUACGGGUCUGCAGGAAGCUCUGGACUGUAUGCUCGUCGUGUUGAAGUGCGUCAACGACUCCAUGCAUCAGAUCGCCAUCACUGGGGUUCCGGUGGACCUCAGCCAGCAAGGCGAGCUGCUGAUGCAGGGCUCGUUCCUGGUAGUAUCAGAGAACAAGCGAGACCUACGGCUGAGGAUACGGCCGCGCCGCCGACACAUCUUCCUGUACGAGAAGGCCAUGCUAUUCUGCAAACCCGCCACCAAGAACAGCCAUAACAAAGCCACGUACCACUUCAAACAUGAACUUCAGAUGUCACAAAUCGGCCUAACGGAGUCAGUGAAGGGCGACCCCCGCAAGUUCGAGGUGUGGCGGCAGGGGCGCGCGGAGGUUCACACCAUUACUGCGCCCACGAUUGAGGUGAAGCGGGCCUGGGUGGAGCGCAUCAAGCGCGUGCUGCUCGACCAGCUCAAGGAGUUAAAGGGCGAGCGCGUGCGACAAUAUGGAGCCCACAGGACACUAAUCCAAGCGAGCUCUUGGGACUUAGCACCAGGCAGCGUGCCGCCGUCGCGGCCGCAACCCGCCGCUGCAACCCCCCGCACCGCCUCCUGCGAUACCCACGACGAGCCCUGCUGGUCCACCGACCCUUCAGAGGACGAGGAGGAUGAGCCUGACCAUGCGCCGGCGGUGGGGUGCGCGCUAGUGGCGCUGUCAGACUACACGGCGGUGGGGGCCAGUGAGGUAUCGCUGCGCGAGGGGCAGCACGCCGAGCUGCUCAAAGUCGGCUGCGCUGGCUGGUGGUACGUGCGCCUGGCAGCGGGCCACGGCGAGGGCUGGGCGCCGGCGGCGUACCUCGACCAGCGCAAGACAUCGCGUUCCUCCAGCCGCUCACACGAUCGUCUGCAUGACCACUAACUCAACAAUACUCUAAAAUACACACAGUGUCAUUUCCAAUGACUUUUUAAUUAUAUGUGACCGUGCUUAUUUGAAAAAUGGCAACACUGACGUUGCGUUUUAUCAAGGAUUCUGGCCCAAAGGACUUGAUUCGAGGCUUAAUCUUUAAAAAAAUAUAUCAAGGAUUGUCACACAAAAAUGUACCUUCUUCUAAAUUCAAACCAAUUAAUUAGGUAACAAAAGAACUUCAAAAUGUAAAGUGUAAUUUAACGAUUGGUUUAGAAUCGGUAGGCUUUAAAUUUUAAGUUCAAUGUUUGUGUACCCAAAGAAAGAGUAAGACACUCGAUGUCAAAAGCAAAAUGGCAUUUGGCACUCGACACCCCACUCGUUGCUGUUAAUGUCGAACAAUAAUAUUUGUUAAUGUAUGUAAAUGUUGUUCUAAAAGAAGCUUUAUUGUAAAUUAGUCUUAGCUGUAGCCCCGUGUUAUCGUUAUGAUAUGGUUACGAUUAUCCAAAGCUAUCGGUAGUAGCGUAGAGGAGGUUUAGCAAGGUAACACAGAAUAUUGAGUGGGUCAUACAUUGGUCACAAUUUUGGGGUCUCCGUUAAAUACCAUUCAAGUAUCGACAUGAUUCCGUCACAAUCUCUGUUACCUUGCCAAACUUCAGUAGAAGUGACUGGUUCCGUAUGUUUCUGUACAUAAUUAUUUAAUUAUAGUAAUUUAUUUUGAUGCUAGUUGAGCUUUCGGUGUUAUUUCGUGUUAUGUCUCAACUCUCCAUGACAGAUACUGUGGGUAGUAUUGAUUUAUCAUAGUCGUUUAGGGCCCUGUAUAUUUAAUUACGUAGGUAUUGGUCGGUAGCAACUUACCUGCAUUACAUCGCCUAUCCAAACUCAUGAAUGUUGUGCUCGAAAAACGUUCCCAAAGUAAAUAGGUAAGUUAUUACUUACCUGUUUGCUGUAUGACCAAACACUUUCAUAUCAUUCAUCCUUAUCAUAUUAGAAAUUCGACGCUUAUCUAAGAAUCAUCAUUCAAUGCAUGAUAUUAAAUCGGUUGAUUAAUAUUAUUUACAUAACAACGAUAUUUUAAAGUAUUUUACAAAUAAAUUGUAGUUGUUAAAACUUGAUUGUUGCUAGUCAUGGUCACAUCAUGAUAUCAUGUUCGUGCUGUCAUCAUUCAUAUCAUAAUUCAGGGUGACCGUCUGUUCACAUUAAGUUGUAAAUAAAAAAACGGCUACGAUAUGUUGUUCGGAAAAGCUUGUUUAAUUGAUAAUGUUACUUGUUAGUGCACGGUCACCCUUUCAUGCGUUUCCCACCACAGUACCUGUUCCUUCAUUGUAUAAAUGUAUUAUUUCCAUCCUAUCAUGUACCUUUUGUAUAGACUCAUGAUUAUUUUCGAGCUGGCCACAAUUACACAGAAUAUGUCUAUUUUA